AUGGAAAAUUUGAUAGAAUCUCCUAAUAACAUCAUUUCUAGUAUCUCAAUACCAAAUGAAAUCGGAACAGAAGUUGUUGGUAAUACAUAUCGUACUAAGGAUCACUGGAUAACUACAAUGUAUAAUAAUCAAAAUGUUUGGCAAUGCUUGCAUUGUCAAACAAAGAAAUAUUCAAUAAAUACUAGUAGAACACAUUUAAAAGAACAUACUAUAAAGUGUCCUAAUUCCCCACUAAUGGAUACCCAGAAUGAUGCGUUCCAGCAAAUUAUAAAAGAAGAGAUAGAUAAGUUAAUAGUUGAUUUAAUUGUUAGAACAGGAAUGUCCUUCAAUGUUCUUGAAAAUCCAUUAUUCCAUAAAAUGGCUAGGAAUCUUCAAUAUGUUAAAAAGUCAUACAAAGUCCCACAUCCAACUACAAUAUCACGCUAUAUUAGAUCAUGGGUUAGUGACAAUUGGAAAAUAGUCAAUAUAAUUUUAAGUUUUCAACAAUCAGGCCAAACAGCAAACGAAAUAUUAUCAGUAAUUAAAAACACCUUAGAUGAGUAUUCCAUUAAAGAAAAAAUAUUUGCACUCACUAUGGAUAAUACUACUACAAAUAAAGCUGUAACUAAUCCUUUGAGUAGUGGUAGAUUAGAGAUAUUAGAAUCAUAUUGUAUAAUUUUGGGAAUAAAGUUUUUGCGACCUGUUCUUGAAAUAAAUACACGUUGGAAUUCUACAUUAGCUAUGUUUGAAAGAUAUCUGUAUCUACAUUCAGCAAUUUCUGAGAUGUGCUUGAAAGACCCAUCUAUGCCUCCCUGUUUAGAUCAUGAAAGCUUCUUAAUUCUUGAAUCCUUCUGCCAAUUCCUUAAACCAUUUGAAAAGGCUACUUUAAUUCUCUCUAAAGAACAAUCUAAUUCAAUCUCUAAUGCAAUAAUAAUUAUAUUAGAAAUUUGUCAACAUAUUAAUCAAAUUAGAAAUAAUGACAUGAUCUACAAAAUGAAAAAAAAAUUUGAAAAAUAUUGGGAUGUAAUAAUUGAACAUGUAAUAAUUGCUUAUGUUCUUGAUCUAAGGUAUAAGCUAGAUCACUUAAAAGCAAUUUUAAUUCAAGUUGGUAGAUAUAGUAAAAGUGAUGCAGAACUAUUUGUUGAUAAUAUUCAGCAAAAAAUUAUUUCUAAUGGAAUUAAAUAUAGUAUCGCAGAAUCUUCAAAUAUUGAAACUGUUGAGAAUAACUAUUUUGGUACAAUAGAAUAUGAAUUAGAAUUAUAUGAAAGAGUGCCUCUUGAAAAUUUUUCAAAUAAUAAUGAAAAAGAAGAAAAUAAAGGAAUAUUAAUUUGGGAAUCAUUAUCAUAUAGAUUCCCAGUGCUUAGUAGAAUGGCACAGGAUUAUUUAAGUAUCAAACUAUCAAGUGUUUCUAGUGAGAGG